CCCCCGGCGGGCGCGGGGAAAGAAAAGCGGGGUGCGCGGCGCGCUAGUGUCAGUUCGCCAGCCAGCCCUGCCCCAGCCUGUGCGCCGCGGCGUCUGCGUGGUUGUUCCCUGGUCUCUGUGAGCCGGCAGUGGUGGCCAGCGUCUGCCAUGGACUCUCAGGUCAGCAACGGCUCAGGCCUUGAGGCUGAGCACAUCACAAACCUACUGGUGUUCGGCUUUCUCCAAAGCUCUGGCCAUAAUUUCCGCCAAGAGCUGGAGGAACUGGGUCAUGAACUGACCAUACCAGUUUACCCAGAGGCAGACCUUGAGGACGAGCUGCAGACAGAUGGCAACCGGCCUAGCCGUUCCUUCUACCAUGGAAGAAUAGAACCAGAUUCUGAAAGUCAGGAAGAACUCAUCCAGAACCUUGCCAGACAUCUCGCCCAAGUAGGCGAUGAGAUGGACCAGCGCAUCCGGCCCACGCUGGUGAGACAGCUGGCCUCGCAGUUCAUGACCGGCAGCCUGUCGGAGGAAGACAGAAGGAACUGCCUGGCCCAAGCCCUCGAUGAGGUGAAGACAGCCUACCCUAAAGACAUGGAGAGCGACAAGGCCAUGCUGAUAAUGACCAUGCUGCUGGCCAAAAAAGUGGCCAGUCACGCGCCGUCCUUGCUCCGUGAUGUCUUUCGCACGACAGUGAACUUCAUUAACCAGAACCUGUUCACCUAUGUGAGGAACUUGGUUAGAAAUGAGAUGGACUGAAGGUGCCCACAGAGUCCUGACUGGCUGAAACCUGAUAUGGCAAGAACAGUGAAGCUGCCUCCAAAGAAGGAACCGUGGCCAUAUAAGCAGGUGUUGGAGUGAAGACAGGCCCCAGACAGCAGCUGUGUCUCCUUAUUUCAGGACGGUGUUCUAACCUGGGGAUUCACGGAACAUUUCUGCAUUGAGCUAGUCGAAUGAAGAUGUCAGCUGUGUCUCUCGAGAGGUUAUGACAGCUCCUGCAUCCAUACAUGUACCUUUAUCUUAUCGGCUGUACAGGUUCCCACUUGGAAAUUAAACUUAAAAGCAGGUUGAAAGGCAGAGAAACGUAUUUAUAAUGAGAAGUUGAUGAGAAGCCUGCUCUGCUCUUCAGCGGUCUUCACCAUGGAGGUGGGCUUCUGUUUAAGGAGGACAGUGGUAGGAGAGGCGCCCAGCCUAAGGGAGGGCCAUCGUCGUGCUCAGAAGGCUGCAGCCUGCCCUUUUAUAAAAGCCAAAUGGUAAAGAGGUUUGAGACCGGGAUUCUGUUCUCAAGCCAUGGAAGCACCGACCACCCAACCACAGGAGUUUGGCUGUUCCAUGGGUGGCAAAGUUGCCAUCCUCUCCCCCUGGCUAACAUCACGGAAGACUUAGUGCGUGUAUCAAAGCCAAACAUUCCCUUUGCUUUUGUAUUCCAGAGGCAAAGGUCUCCCUGUAUGUCCUCAAACGCUGGGUGGUUCUCUGGCUUAGCCUUCCUAAAGCUGGGAUUGCAGGCCUGAGCCACCACAGCCUGCAGGCGGCUCCAAUCUUGAACUCAUCCAAGCUGUGAUGCUUGGGGGUAUCCUGGAAAUGGGUGGAUUUUUCUUUAGUUACAUAAUCUUUGUGGGGGCAUAAUUGUUCAGAGAAUAUUUUUCGUUCUGUUCUAAAAAUAUGUGAUUGUCUUAAAUGAUAGAAAUUUGUUUCUUCGAAAUAAAAGGUUCUUCU